AGAGACAGAGACAUGAAAAAUCCAUUUAGUGAGGUUCACUUUGCAACAUAUGUAACAUGAAUAGAGUUUAACUUCCAACUUUCCAAUUAAAACAUGAGUAGUUAAUUGUAUUGCUGGUGGAGGACGUGACAAGUGACAACAACAUUUUAUAUUGAAGUCACCCAACAAUCCAUUUGGCAUCAUAAUAUAAAGGAUACAUAUAAUAGUGUUCUCUCCUUAGUCCAAUUCCCUUCUCCACACAUGACUAGAAGAUCAAGAAACACUUUAUUAGUAUAUAUAUAGGCAUAAACCCUUUUUUACUAUGACGAAAAGGGAAACUAUGGCUACCCUCUCACCAAAGAAAUCUUGUCGUUAUGGUAUUAGAUCUAUUAGUUUACCAACAAGAUCACAUCCAAGCACAAUUAAAAUUCAAGAGGAGCUAAACAAGUUUAAAUCAUAUGAGGCAAUGUCAUCAUCAUCAUCUUCCUCAAAAGUUGAAACAAUUUGCUUUGGUCUAUAUGUUCUUGUAAACGUUUACAAGUGCAUGGAAGAUGUUUUGAAAUUGGCAAUGACCCAACAAGCAUUAUUCUCUCACAAAAAUGAGAAAUGGGUUGAUGAGUUAGUAGAAUGCCCGGUUAGAUUCUUAGACAUAUUAGGAGAAACUAGAGAUGUUAUCAUGUUGAUGAAAGGAAAUUUUCAAGAACUUCAAUCAGCACUUAGAAGGAGAAAAUUUGAAGAAUAUGUAAUUGAAAGUUAUGUAUCUUCAUAUUGGAGUUUAAGAAGAAGCAUGAAGAAAUCAUGCACAAAAUCUUUGUUUUUAUUGAAGCAAAUAGAUGAAUCAUUUGGAGGGUGUUUUCCUUUAGAUGUUAAUCAACACAUUUCUUCAAUUGUGAGAGUAUUUAGAGAGGUAAGUUUGAUCACAAGUUCUAUUUUUCAGUCACUAGUGGAAUUUCUUGCUUCACCAAUUUUCAAGACUAAGGUUAACAAGUGGAAAUUUGUUUCAAGAGUACUCAUGAGGAAAGGUGGGUUUGAUUGCAAUUAUCAAGAGGAAAAUAUUAAUGAAUUAGAAAAAGUGGAUUUGGCACUUUGUAGAUUAAUGGUUAUUGAUAACACAGACAUGGAUUUUGAUGAGGUUGAGAAGAUUCAAUGUGUACAUAAAGAGGUUGAAGCUAUUGUGGUUGUCAUUGAAGGGUUUGAAAAUGGAUUGGAUUGUUUGUUUAAGCACCUUAUUAAUACUCGUGUGUCUUUUCUUAAUAUUCUUUCUCCCUAAGGUUGAAUAUAAUAGUUUAGAAUUUAAUUCCAAUGAGGUCAUGUAAUUCAUGGAGUAUCAUCCUUUUGAGAAAUGAUAUUUGUACAACU